UUUCAGAGUAAACAGUUGCUACUUUAAUAAGGAUGGCUGAAGAGUGUGUCUCACUCCCCAAAGUCCCUGAGUGUUCUGGAACAUCCACAGCUGAGACCCCCACUGUUAAAGAUCUAGAACAGCUCCUGAAUACUGGGAGGUCUUCCUGUAACCAUGUUGAUGAAGUAUGGCCUAACCUUUUCUUAGGAGACCAUGUUACGGCACACAGCAGAUUUGGUUUAUGGAAAAUGGGCAUCAGCCAUGUUCUAAAUGCUGCACACGGCAAAAUAUUUUGCCACGAAUCCCAUGAUUUUUACGGCACAACAAUUGAAUACUAUGGUGUACCGGCCGAUGACCUUCCUGAUUUUGAUAUGACUCCAUAUUUUUACCCCGCGGCAGAAUUUAUACACAAAGCCUUGACCACACCAGGAGGCAAAAUCUUAGUGCACUGCGCAGUUGGGAUAAGCCGGUCGUCUUCAUUGGUGCUGGCAUACCUCAUGAUUUACCAUCGCUUCUCUUUGGUUAAAGCCAUUCAGGCAGUGAAAGAACAUCGGUGGAUUUUCCCCAACCGAGGGUUUCUGAAGCAACUGAGAAAUUUGGACAUUCAGCUCAGCAAAUGAAGCACUAAGCAAGCAUACAAAGAAGCAAACCGCUGAUGACCAGGAACACAAGUUAUUUUCAAGCCUCCCUGUCCCGGAACGUUUUCAUUAAAACGUGUUCAUUGUAGUAUUUUUCUAAUAGUAGCCAUGCUCUCAGAAAUAAUGGCUAUUUCGAGGGGUGUUAGCAUGGUCCACCCAUGAGGCAAGGCGAGCCCCCACCACCCACCAAAAGCAACCUCUACAGCGACCUCUUGGCAAACCAAUAAAUCCCUCUCCUCCAUUAGGAAGGACUUUCUUACAAAUAAGCAGUUCAAUAGGGGGAAUAUUGUCUUGGAAAUAAGUGGACUCCCCUUCUUUAGAGGUUUUUAAGCAGAGGCUGGAUUGCCACUUAUCAGGAAUGCUGCAGCAAUGGAUUUCCUACAUUAGCAUGGGAUUGAACUACAGUGGUACCUUGGUUCUCAAACACCUUGGUUCUCA